UAUUUUCGUUGAACCAAUCUGUGUGUCACUAAAAAAUAAAGUACAAGGAAAUACAGCUAUUUUCACGGCUACUGGGACUGCCCCAUAAUUCGUCCCCCCAUGAAGUACUCGAGAGUUAUCGUUAAGCGCUACAGCUGAGUGAGACUCGCGGAGCUGUGACACAUUCUCUUUCGGUCUAGAGCAGGGUCUCGGUGUUUUCCUUGUCAAGAAUUUGGUCAGCGUGCAUAGUGGGGCUGCACAUGAGUUCUGGCUAUGUACGAACCGAACCUUUUCGGGACCCGCGUGAACGUGUCGGAUGUGACAUGAGACAUAUGAUGGCAUCAAGAAUAGCUCACUCUCGGCGGAUAGAUGACUGACAAGAGAUAUCCCCUGGAGCGGAGAUUUCACUCAGCUCUUCCACUGCGCUGAACUAUACUAACCGGAUAUUAAAAAUUUCGUAUUCACCUAAUCGACCGCAGGGAUCUGGACAACGUUUCAUCAUAUCCAAGAAUCAUACGGAGCAGUAUCAUGUGCUCAUUCCGAGUACAAAGUAAUCAUGGAGGGUAUAUAUAUGACCACACUUUCCACUCCUCGACGACACAUUCAUUCAAUCACUAUCCCACUAAUCGUCCUGAAUCUAUUUUUUAUUGAUAAUCAAAGCAAAGCAAACAAUCACCAUGCUCUCCACCUUGAGGACCACAUCCACGGCCAUCGCCAUUCUCUCGAUUCUGGGCUUUGCCAGCGCCAAAGCUGAUACGAGUCUUUGUGAUGACGGUCCAUUCGACAAGACCAAAUCGUACGGCAAAGGGAACCCUGAUCUAGUCUUCUGCGACACCAAAUGGGACAAGGGUAUCACCGUGACUGGAAUCGAAGCCUGGGCAUCCGAAUUCCAGACCAAAGCCAUUCAACUGUCCUAUUCCGAUGGCUCGAAAGGUCCCAUCCACGGUGAUGCCCAAAACACCGGAGAAAAGAAUGGAGUUUGGUAUAGCCACGAAUCAGCCGGCUGGAAACAGUCGGAUCCCGUCAAGAGCGUGAGCUUGGGUGCCAACAAAUACGGAAACGGUGAUGGUGUGGGAGUGGUCAGGAUGGAAACGGGUGGAGGAUCCGUGAACGUCAGGUCUGACGUCGGAACCUUCAUGGGAGAACCACAACUAGUGAGCAGUGGAAUCCUUAUCGGCGCCACUGGGAGCUCUGGGACAUGGCUGGAUAGCCUUAGUCUCAUGUUUUUGAAGUCGACGGUUGGAAAAGCGGAGAUCGUUGAGAUCAAGUUCCCUCAAACUCUGGAUGAACUCAACAAUAAGCAAGAGGGCGUCGAAGAGAUUACGGUGAAGACUGCGCAAUACAAGAACAGUGGCGAGGAAGGUUCUGGGGACCAGGACUUUACCUUUGAAAACACAGUCACACAGGAGACUUCAACUUCCAUCCAGCAGACCGAAGCCACCACCUUUGGAGCCGAAGUCUCCGUAUCUGCCAGCGCCUCGGUCGGUGUUCCCAUCUUCGCCCAAGCCACAAUUGAAACCAAAGUCAGUGCCGGUUUCGAGAACACAAAGGUGUCCACGACCGGCGAAACAAAGAAAAGCGCCGACAGCUUGAAGUUCAGCCAGAAAGGUGUUAUACCUCCUGGUAAGGGAGCAGAAUGCACGGCAACAGCGCAGAGGGGUACCUACGAAUCGGACUACACCAGCAAAGUCAGGAUUACUUUGGAUGGUGGCCAGGAGUUCUUUUUGACUCAAACUGGUCACGCUAAGAGCGUUGGAUUCUCAGAUGCUCAGACCGAGUGCAAAGUCGUUGAUCUUAAGCAUCUUGACCCAGAGGUUGAAGUGACCGAGGUGGCUGCGGAGACUAAGCGGGCCAUUCGCUUCAGGGCUUAAAAGAAACGCAACUCAGUUGCGUUUCCGAGAGUACAUAUUGUUCAUGAUUGCGUUCAAUAUUUACGCAAUUCCUUUAGGGCUCGAUGCCUACUUCUUUGCCGUUAUGCUUUUACUAUUGUGUUUUAUAGUUGCUAGAUACUAAGGAAUGGAUGAUCAAAUCUGGCUUCGAUGGAUCUUCCUUUGCAGCUGGCAACCCACAGCAGUUUUCCGAAACUAACUACAGACCCGCAGAUGCAUUAUGACAGCUUUGGCAAGAAGACCGGGAAAUCUACUCUGCUUCCAGACCAUGUCACAUGUUCAGAAACAAUUACACAUAUGUAUGUACCUAUGUACCUUGGCGUAUAGGCAAUUCUUGAGCCGUUAGCCUCCGGUCCCACUUGCUCCCCAUCCAAGCCAUGCCGACACGAACGUUUGUUUAUAUAACCAGGGUUCCGGGCUUGGAAAAGCUACGAGAAGCCCCAAAAGGAGGGGUCGACAUGGAUCUGCAAGAUCACCAAUUCUUCCGCCCCAGGAACACCAGAUUCCCUCCAAUUAACCGAUAUC